AUGACGAGGAUGCGUCAAGUCAAGAUUCUUGGCACGGACGAAAGACAUGUUCCCCCUCCUCCACCUCCAAAAAAGUCCGAACACAAGCCCCAGGUGUCAUACCACAGGUUUCCCAGCGACGAGGGAAUGAAGAAAAAAUGGAUCACUGCCAUAAAGAGGGACGAAGGGCCGCUGUUUAAAAUAUCUAAAGCGACCAAAGUAUGCUCAUUGCAUUUCCUGGAGGCAGACUACUGGGGAAAUAUUGCUAGUGGUCAUUGCCUCCUCAAAGACGAGGCUGUACCAUCCAUUUUUCCAUUUCGGAAAACCAAGCCCCCAAGAAAACCUCCUCGACAGCGAACGUCUUCAGCCAUUCCUGCUUCCAAGAAGAAAUGCACCGAGCUCCACCCACCAGCUGACAGUCCAAUAGAUUUGGCAAGUGCACCCGAUGAGAAGGAAGCCCCGCAACAGGAGAUUGUCGCAGACCAGACUGUGCUUCAGGAGCCUGCUCCUACUAUCCACAGCGAGCUCACGAAAGCAACUGCUGUGCUGGAGGCACAGCUUGCCGCAGCUAAAGACCAGGCAUCUAAGCAGCAGGUAGAAUUAGCCGACCGGGCAGUGCAACUAAGCAAGGCUCGUGCUGAACUCGCUAGUUGUCGGCCAGAGCUGGAAACUGCGAAGAAUAAGCUGAAAGCACAGAAUAAGGAGCUGGAUGUACUUCGAAGCGAGUUGGUUACUUCCCAGCAAUGUAUGGACAAAUUAAAGACUCAGUAUGCACCUUUUGGCAUAGAAAAAUUCGAAGAAUGUGAUGAAGACAUUCAGUUUUAUACAGGACUGCCCGACUAUGCAACCUUUGUAGAUCUAUUGACUAUCUGGACCCUGGUGAAAAUGGAUGCAACAUAA